CGAGAGUUUUCAAGACAAUAAAAGGGAUUAGUAGACUCCGAAUGUGCCCUAGUAGGAGGAAACAUCGGGAGAGGCGGUAUAAACGUGUCCAACUUACCCUGGGCCAUUGAAGAAUUAUUGAUACCUAGUGCCGCUUUUAUUCUCCGCAUCACAACCCUCGGAGCUCGUCUGUUUGCCCGGGCCCGAGGAGCCCGACUUUCUGAAUCGUUAGUAUUCUGAUUCCCUCUUGUACUUAACAAUGUCCUUCUAGAUUCCAAUUCCCCAUGGAAUAUCCUGCAUCAAGCCCAAGAACAUUAUGACAAACCCAGCUCAGAAGAACGAGGAGGAACUCGCCAGAGCAGACCCAAAUGCUGAAGCUGUCGACGAUUUCCCCUCCCACGAGGAGUCCGUGGACGUUGAUGGGUACAAGGAGGAUUAUGUUGAAAUCGCCACCCACGGGCAAAGCUCCAGUCAUACUGCAUCCGAGGUAGAGCCCACUGGGAACGACAAGAGACCAGCAAUCGAUCGAACGAAAAGCUAUGCAACGAAUACCAGCGCUGUUACCAGAACCGAUUCACAUGUUGAUGAACCCCCUCAGAAACUGCCGUGGCACAGGAAGUUCAAUCCACUGAGGUGGGGUGGCAUCCCUCCAGUCCCAGAGACGCGAAAGGUUUGUAGAGAGUACAAUGCUCCGUUCCUAAGCCUGGUAUACUUUCAAUGGGUGUCACCAUUGAUGAGCGUCGGCUACAAACGACAGCUCGAGCACAACGAUAUCUGGACUGUGAAUCCCGAUCGUAAGGCGGAUCUGAUGACCUCGAAGCUCCAAGCUUCUUUCAAGAAAAGGGUUGCCAGAGGAGAAAAGUACCCUUUACUCUGGGCUUUGCACGAGACAUUCAAGUUUGAAUUCUGGAUCGGCGGAACGUGCCAGUUCUUCUCGAACAUUUUCCAGGUCGUGUCGCCAUUUACACUUCGAUAUCUCAUCCAAUUCGCCCAGGAUGCAUACAUUGCGCAACGAUUGGGCCGGCCUGCCCCACAUAUUGGGAAAGGUAUUGGUAUCGUCUUCGCAAUCACAGCCAUGCAAAUGUUGCAAAGUCUGGGAACGAACCAAUUCAUCUAUCAUGGAAUGAUGGUUGGAGGGCAAUGCAGGGCCGUCCUGAUUUCUGUAAUCUUCGAGAAGGCGAUGAAGAUAUCUGGGCGGGCCAAGGCGGGAGGCCGGGAAAUAAAAGAAGGACCAGACGCGGAGAAAGAGCGGGGUGGGCACGCCAAGGAUAAGAAGCAAGCGAAGAAAAAUCCCAACAGCUCGGGAACCAAGGUGGCCCCUAAUGCUGGGAAGGGGAUUUCCGGCGAUGGCACUGGUUGGGCCAAUGGCCGAGUUGUGAACUUGAUGUCCGUUGAUACAUAUCGAGUGGAUCAAGCAUCGGGAUUAUUCCACAUGAUUUGGACCGCCCCGAUUGCUUGUAUCAUUACGCUCGUCCUGCUGUUGGUCAAUCUGUCGUAUUCUGCUCUUGCAGGCUUCGCGCUUUUGGUCAUUGGUCUGCCAGGUCUCACGAAAGCUGUCAAAAUCCUAUUCGCCAGGCGGAAAGUCAUCAACAAGAUCACCGAUCAAAGAGUCAGUCUCACCCAAGAAAUCUUGCAGGCUGUCCGAUUUGUCAAAUUCUUCGGCUGGGAGAGUGCCUUCCUUGCCAGGCUGGGUGAGAUUCGAAAUCGAGAGGUCCGUUCUAUCCAGAUAUUACUUGCGAUUAGAAACGCCAUCAACGCAGUCUCGAUGUCGUUGCCCAUUUUUGCUUCGAUGCUUGCAUUCAUCACAUAUUCGCUCACCAGUCACUCUCUCAAUCCUGCACACGUCUUUUCGUCUCUUGCGCUGUUCAACUCUCUUCGAAUGCCUCUGAAUCUGCUGCCACUCGUCAUUGGACAGGUCGUUGAUGCUUGGUCAUCGAUAUACCGAAUCCAGGAGUAUCUUAUGAGUGAGGAGCAAGACGACGAAGGAAAACUCGAUUUAGAUGCUAAAAAUGCCGUGGAGAUGGACAAUGCAGAUUUCACCUGGGAGCGGACUGCAACACAAGAUCCAGAUCACGCGGCUUUAAUCGGCAAGAAACAGACGAAAGCCGAUAUUAAAAUGGAGAAGGAUGCACGGAAACAAGCCGAGGCGGAUGAAAAGCUACCCCUGAAGACAAAACCGUCUCCUGGAAAGGACUUGUCAGGUAGUAACACACCAGAUGGUUCAAGUACGUUAAUCGGAGACCGAGAGCCUUUCAAACUCCAUAACAUGGACUUUUCCAUUAGGCGGAAUGAAUUGGUUGCCGUUAUUGGCGGCGUGGGCAGCGGCAAAAGCUCUCUCCUAGCGGCUCUUGCUGGUGACAUGCGAAGAACAAGGGGUGAGAUGACUUUGGGAGCUAGCAGAGCGUUCUGCCCGCAAUAUGCAUGGAUCCAAAAUGCUACUGUCAGAGAUAACAUACUCUUUGGCAAAGACAUGGACCCGGACUGGUACAAGAAGGUUAUUGAAUCUUGCGCCUUACAGCCAGAUUUGGAUAUGCUACCCCAAGGUGAUGCAACGGAGAUUGGGGAGCGUGGAAUUACGGUGUCUGGAGGUCAAAAGCAACGUCUCAACAUUGCCCGAGCAAUCUAUUUUGAUGCCGAUCUGAUUCUCAUGGACGAUCCCCUAUCCGCCGUCGAUGCACAUGUCGGUCGCCACAUCUUCGAUCAUGCGAUUAUGGGACUUUUGAGAAAUAAAUCAAGAAUCUUAGCGACACACCAACUUUGGGUUCUCAACCGUUGUGAUAGGAUCAUUUGGCUCGAGGAAGGCAAAAUCCAGGCCAUCGAUACGUUCGAUAAUCUCAUGAAAGACCACGCUGGGUUCCAACAGCUGAUGGAAACCACCGCCGUCGAAGAAAAGCACGAUAAAGAAGGCCAUGUGAAUGAUGACGAAGUUGAGUCCGAGAAGAAGACAAUGAAGAAGAAGCGGAAGGGAGCCACACUGAUGCAGGCUGAAGAGAGAGCGGUUAAGAGUGUUCCUUGGUCUGUAUAUCUCGAUUAUAUUCGAGCAUCAGGGAGUCUCCUCAAUGCUCCGAUCGUUCUUGGGUUUCUCUUGCUCUCACAAGCCGCCAAUAUAGGGACAAGUCUGUGGCUUUCGUAUUGGACAAGCGACAAAUUUGGCUAUUCCAAAGGCGUCUAUAUCGGAGUCUAUGGAGCUUUAGGUGCUGCUCAGGCACUUCUACUUUUCCUUUUUGCCCUCGCACUCACCAUUAUGGGCACAACUGCAAGUAAGAGGAUGCUGAACACUGCAAUUACUCGUGCUCUCAGGGCCCCAAUGUCCUUCUUCGACACAACUCCUCUGGGUCGCAUCACAAAUCGAUUCUCGCGUGACGUGGAUGUCAUGGACAACAAUCUGACAGAUGCUAUAAGGAUGUACCUCAUGACCUUGGCUAUGAUCAUGUCGGUCUUCGGGCUAAUCAUUGCAUACUUCCACUACUUUGCAAUCGCCCUUGGGCCGUUAUUCCUUUUGUUCCUCUUCUCAGCUGGGUAUUAUCGAGCUUCAGCCCGCGAGAUGAAACGAUUUGAGUCCGUUCUUCGAUCAAACGUUUUCGCCAAAUUUAGUGAAGGCAUCUCCGGCACUGCAUGUAUCCGCGCAUAUGGUCUCAAAGAUAGGUUUAUCCACGAUAUUCGCGAGGCCAUUGAUGAGAUGAAUAGCGCAUACUACCUCACAUUCGCAAAUCAGCGUUGGUUAUCUACCAGAUUGGAUGUUAUUGGUAACCUCCUUGUGUUUACCACUGGACUUCUGGUUGUCACUUCUCGAUUCAAUGUGUCCCCUUCGAUCUCUGGUCUAGUCUUGAGCUACAUUCUUGCAAUUGUCCAGAUGAUUCAGUUCACGGUUAGGCAACUGGCAGAAGUAGAGAAUGGUAUGAACGCAACAGAGCGCCUGCACUACUAUGGAACUGCUCUCGAGGAAGAGGCACCCCUCCACACUGUCGAGGUGCGAAAAUCCUGGCCGGAAUCUGGAGAGAUCAUUUUCGACAAUGUUCAAAUGCGCUACCGCGAAGGCCUUCCUCUUGUACUGUCUGGUUUGUCUAUGCAUGUCAAAGGCGGAGAGCGAAUCGGAGUGGUGGGCCGUACGGGUGCCGGCAAGUCCAGCAUCAUGUCAACACUCUUCCGACUUGUGGAGCUUUCAGGAGGCUCGAUCACCAUCGAUGGUCUGGACAUCAGCAAAAUUGGCCUGCAAGAUCUUCGUUCUCGUCUAGCAAUCAUCCCACAAGAUCCUACGCUUUUCAAAGGCACGAUCCGCAGCAACCUUGACCCCUUCAAUGAGCAUACGGAUCUAGAACUCUGGUCCGCCCUUCGCCAGUCCGAUCUGAUAACAGAGGAAGCAAGCUUGGACGAUAAAUCGCCGGGCCGUAUCCAUCUCGAUGGUAUUGUCGAGGACGAAGGCCUCAAUUUCUCGUUGGGACAAAGACAGCUUAUGGCGUUGGCUCGUGCUCUCGUACGAGGUUCCCAAAUUAUCGUUUGUGACGAAGCUACUUCCUCGGUCGAUAUGGAGACUGACGACAAGAUUCAACGGACAAUCGCCACUGGUUUCAGGGGUAAGACACUGUUAUGUAUUGCACAUAGAUUGAAGACGAUCAUCAACUAUGAUCGCAUUUGUGUUAUGGAUCAGGGCACGAUUGCAGAGUUAGACACGCCAUAUGCUCUGUAUCAGAACGGUGGGAUUUUCAAGAGUAUGUGUGAUCGUGGAGGUAUCAGAAAAGAAGAUUUCGUUGGGUUUUAUAAAGAAGAGCAAUAAGGGCUGGUUUAUCUCAUUCUUCAAGAUAUCAUCGCAAGGCGUUGAAGGGGUUUUUAAGAAAUAUAGAUUCUUGCUUUUGCUCAGGCUCGGUGAUGAUAGUCGAGCCACUACC